ACAACGCACAGUCAACCUGCGGAACUCCUUGCCAGAGGAUGUUGUGAAGACCAGGACUUUUAACAGAGUUCACGAAAGCUGGAUAAAUCCACGGAGGUGAGGUCCAUCAGUGGCUAUUGGCCAGGCUGGGCAGGGACGGUGGGAAUGGGCGACGGGGGAAGGAUCUCGUGAUGAUCCCCUGGUCUGUUCCCUCCCCCGGGGCGCCUGGCCUUGGCCGCUGCCGGAAGACUGGACUCUGGGCUAGACGGGCCUUUGGUCUGAUACGUUCGAAUGCCACUUGCUGCCUCCGGAGGGCUGUCUGUGGCGAGUGACCCGAGUGCGUUGUGGGAAAGGGAGACACUGGAACUUGCCGCCUCGCAAGCGUGGAGAGGGAAACCUGCCUGAUCCGCAGCCCAGUAAAUCCCAGCUCCAUCCCCUCCGUCAGGGCCAGGAGUCCCCCUUUCCGGCUGUCUCGCCAGACAGACAGAGGCCUGGGCAGCCCGGCCGGCCCCGCGCUCGCGCUCGAGUAGCAAUGUUACCAGAUGGCUCAGUGUUACCCUAACCCACCCCUGCCAGGACCCUAUAAUUUAUGUCCAAUCCCCCCUCCACCCCCCCUCCCUCCAAAGGUAUUUGCACAGCAGAUCUGGGUGUAAUCAAGUCCAGGAAUUUCCAUUCAAGUAUCCUGGGAUGUUUUUUUCCCCCAAGAUUUUCCGUUAACCCUUUCAGACGGGGAGGGGAGGAUAAGGACUUAACUGCACCCCAGCCCCUCCAAUCCAACGUCGCUUUCGGUCACACGGCCUGGGGGCGGGGUGACUGGGUGGGCCCCAUCUGCCGUCUUGGGGUGCAAUUCUCGGCUGCUUCGCGGGUCCUUGCCCGGCAGCCCAGCUCGCAAGGGUUCUAACGGCCGGGGCCAAAGACGCUCCCCUGACUGCAAGAGGCAGGCAGGGAUCAAGACACCAGUGCCAGACACUCCACGGGAACGCGGCUCUCCAGCCCCGUUUGGCCCAGCAUGGAGCGUCCAGGGACACACACAGUUAACGCCUGUCCUGCCAAGCCCCCGGGCCGUCCCAAAGAGGAUAUAAAUUAGAGACCAGCCACCUUCCUGUCAGAAGCCAACCCGGGAAGGAUGGACUCAUCCCGGCUCCUCUGCGGCGUCUCGCUCAUCCUCCUGGUCAGACCCGCUGUCUCCCAGGCAGUGGAAAGCAGGAGGCCCGCGGUGAUGGAAGAGCAAGAGCCAGAGACGCACCUGCCAAAGGCACCUUCCCCGCAGCUCCCGGCCGACUCUCAAAACCUGCUGCCCUUUGCCUCCCCCGGGCCGGCCAAGAGCCGCCAGAAACGGAGGCCGCUGGCCAGCAGCCGCCUGUGGGAGCAGCCGGAGGAGCAGGCGUGCCGGCUGCGGAGCCUGCUGCUGCGCGUCAAGGACCUGGGCCUGGGCUACGACUCGGAGGAGACCAUCCUGUUCAAGUACUGCAGUGGGACCUGCCCCCGGGCCCGCACCAACCACGACCUGACGCUCUCCUUGCUGCUGCAGAAGAGCGAGAUCCCGGCCUGGGGCGAGGAGAAGAUGGUGGGAGACCCCUGCUGCCGGCCCACGCACUACGAGGACGUGGCCUUCCUGGACAACAGCCACCAGUGGCACGAGGUGGAGAAGCUCUCGGCUUCUGCCUGCUCCUGCGUCGGCUGACGCCGCUGGGGGGGAGCGCCAGUGGGGGGGGCAUAGCUCUAAGUUAAAGCAGCCAGUGUUUCUUCCUCCCGCACCUUCAACCUGUAGCCUGAGAGAAGACCAGACGCCACCCCACAAGAUGGGGGCCUCGACCUAUGCCCCUGGAAGGGCUCCCUCGAGGGGUGGGAGAAGGGACCUGCUAACACCACUACCGGGGAUAAAACAAAGCCACGGCCAGGCCAACCCCCGCCUGUUUCUAUGCAUCGCUGAGACGCAAGCUUGUUUGCUAAGUCCUGAAACGUCACAGGUAUUUAGGCUCCUCACUUCCAUUGACGCCAAUGGGAGUUAGGCACCUAACUAUCUUUGACGAGCUGAGCCGGAGGUCCGGCCUGGAGGAGGGGUGCCUGGCUCACCUCCACGCCGCUGCCGGGGAGAGCUGGACGAUAACGUGAGAUAUUUAUGGAUUCCUAAGUUAUUUAUUUAUUUGGUUUCUUCCACAGAGGGCAGGGAUCUCAUUCCCGCAGCCUCCCUACCUGGCUUGUUCGAGUCCCUUUUUAAUUUAUUUGCCUCUUUCUGCUAGUAGAGAGUCAGGGAUUUUGUUUGCUUGUUUGCAGGCAUGUCUUGGGAGCAGCUGAAAUGUACGUGGUGGUUUCACACUAAUAAAAGCCGUGAAAGUGAUCGAAAGGCCCGUGGCUGUUUUGUGAGACACAUGGGGAGGGAUUUCUUCCUCUCAGCUAGCAUGGGGCAUCCCUUCGGUGUACCACAAUGGGGCCCGGCUCGUGGCUGGCCUUCAGAGGCUACUUGGGUUAACCGGUAGGGGCUGGAGCAGCUCCCCACUGCCAUGGGCAGGGAGGGGGCCUCUCCAGCGCUGCUCGGCCCGCUGCGGACAGGGCCUGCUCUGGACGCUCGGAGCAGCCCGUCUGUAGCGUGCUGAGAAGAGGGGGCGUGCAG